AUGAGGUUCUUUCUCGCCGGGAGCUUGCUCCUCUCUAAUGUCCUAGGCACUGCGGUACCCAGAGCCGAGCAAAAGGUAGACUAUACAGGCUUCAAGGUCCUCCGUCUCUCGCUCGCCAAGGCCAGCCACGACAUCGAGGCGCAGAUCGAGAAAGUCGCAGCUCACAUUCUGAAUCCCGGAAAGACGACGCUCGAUGUUGUUGUUUCGCCCGAGUCAGUGGAUACCGUAAAGGCACUUGUGCCAGAGAGUAUCAUUAUCAACGAAGAUCUCGGCGUCACAUUAGCUGAGGAGGGUGAAUUGGUAUCUCCCGACUUCAGUGCUUCUGCAGUCCCUAGUGAGACAUGGUUCACGGCGUACCACCCGUAUGCCGACCACCUGACAUUCCUGAGCGACUUGCAAGGCGGGUUUGCUAGCCAGUCUGAGAUUUUCACAGCCGGGACGUCCGUUCAAGGCCGCGCUUUGACAGGCAUCCACAUUUGGGGCUCUGGUGGUAAGGGAUCGAAGCCUGCAAUUCUCAUCCACGGCACCGUGCAUGCGCGCGAAUGGAUUACUACCAUGACGGCUGAGUACUUCGCGUGGCAACUACUCACUAAGUAUGCCUCUGAUACGACCGUGAAGUCUCUCGUCGACAAGUACGACUAUUACAUUAUUCCAGCUGUCAAUCCUGAUGGCUUUGUCUAUUCCCAAAUCACCGACCGCCUCUGGCGCAAGAAUCGCCAAACAGUCAGCAGCAGUACCUGCGUGGGCCGCGACAUCAACCGGAACUGGCCAUUCAAAUGGGAAGUUACGGGCGGAGCAUCCACGAACCCCUGUUCCGAAACGUACAAAGGGCUAGCUGCUGGCGACGCACCUGAAAACAAGGGACUAGUGGCCCAGGUCAACUCGCUGCGUGAUGGCAAAGGCAUCAGGCUGUACCUUGAUAUCCACUCGUAUGGACAGUACAUACUUUGGCCAUACGGCUACGACUGCUCACUCGUCGUGCACAACAGCGCUCAAUUGCGCUCAAUUGCCACCAGUGCCGCUGCUGCUAUCAAGGCCGUCUCAGGAACUAGCUAUACUAUUGGCCCGUCGUGCUCUACGUUGUAUGCUACAACGGGUAGCUCUGUUGAUUACGUCGAUUCGGCUGGCAACGCAACAUAUAGUUACACGUGGGAGCUGAGGGAUACCGGGGAUUACGGGUUCCAGUUGCCGGCAAGUCAGAUCCAGCCCACGGUUAGAGAGACGUGGCAGGGAUUGGUGUCGACGUUAACGAACGCUGGGUAA